AUGCCCUACAGAGCUCGUACUUACAACCUUCCCUCGGCCGGCACUGGGGAUACGUAUUUCCCAAUGACGACUGCACGAAAUGCGUAUGAUAACCACAUCAUCACAAACGAGCGAACCCUUUUUAUCCUGCAAGCCGCCCUCGCAAGGACUGAGUCACCACGCCUAUUGCCUAUUCUGCCUCGCCGCUCCUUCGUCGCCUCGUGGUAUCUGAUACAGGACUGGUCUGUUGCACGAGAUAUGAAAUAA